UGGAGAGUCAGUCAGUGAUUUUAUUAGCUCUCAGGCUCUCACCUGGCAGGUGCUCAGAGCUGCUACAGAGUGAAUUCUUCUUCUCAUCAUGAGGUCACAGCUCAUUUUCCUGCUCCUCUACUUAGGAGCACUGGGUUUCGGUGUUUUAUGUUCAGCACAGCAGGAUGGCAGCUGCAACAUCUUUACGCAAAACUGCACCGCUAAUCCUGACCCCACAGCUGCCUUCCUGAUGUGCGUGGCCAUCCCAGAAGGCCCUGGGGCAGGACAGCAGCACAUCCUCAAUCUGAAAGGCCUGAUUGACUCUGCGCUGGACAUCUACUCCUUUAUGCGUUCCUCUCUGAGUGGCGUUCCUGUGUUUAACGUAUCCGGGGAGUUCAGUGUAAAUUGGGCGUCUCUGCUGCAGGACGAUGACUUCGUUCGGAUUUGGCUCCAGGUCAGACUGACCCCUCUGCUCUCGUCCAUCUCUCAGAACUUCCUCACCUGCCUGAGCAACUCCAACUUCAGCUGCAGCACCUACAGCACCAUGGUGCAGGAGCUGAGUCAGCAUUUCUCGGGUUUGGAUCCCGAACGGCAGAAAUGGAUCUAUUCGUUCUUCAUGUAUCCGUUCCUCUCCAGAAACUCAUCCGCAGGUUGUGUCGAUCCUGGCCUCAGCAGUGAGGACUGGCUGAUGAAGAACUUUGGCUCAUUCUCGGUUCUGGCCCGGAUCAGGGACUUCACCUCCAUCAACCUGUUGUUCAGUGGGAUGGAGGUGCUGCACCUGUUGAGUCCAGAGCAGAAGGCUGAGCUUAUACUCAACCCCGAGCUGGCCAAUCUGGACAAUGACUCCCUCAGUGUGGUGUUAGACAGCCUGCUGACCUCUGUGAUGACCCCUAAUGGGAGUGUGACCUCACCACCCAAUGGUAGUGUGUGGCUACCCCCCAUAUACCCCCCUUCGGUACAAGAUCCAGUCACACAGGUUAUGAACGACUUCAUGACGACGUUUAAACCAGUUGGAAGCUUCGUCAGAGAGUUCGUAUCCCUCACACACCAGCCGGACCUGUCCAGCAUGAGCAGAGCCACGUUUGUCCAGGCCAUGCUCAACUGGACUCUAGCAGAACUAGCUGCUCCGUAUAAACAGAACAGCAGUGAUGACGUGGCGAUGUUUGACCCGAAGGACGUUAACGCCUGGUUCUCCCACGUCGUGGCCCCCAUACUGAGGAGGUUCCUCCCUGGAGAGAUACCGAGUGACAUCACUGAAGUCUUCCACACCUUAUUCUAUAUUGAGACGGGUGGGAAUAGCAAUGAUCAGGAUUUGUGCAAAAUCACUCUGGAAGAGCCGGAAUGCGCUGUGAAUAACAUGAUGCAGCAUUUAGCAAAGAUUCUGCACUGUGCAGCCAGCACUAACCUCACGCUCACCUCUGAAACACUGGACAGCCUUGCACUUCAACUGACCAGCAACCUCAACACGCUCCUGAACCAACUCGCCAUGACGAACUUCAGCGCUCCGGAUUCACCCUUCAUCCACGUCCUGGACCGUCUUCAUGACCUGUCCCCGUACAACCUGCAGGACCAGCAGUUUAUCAGCAUGUGGUUCCAGAUCAAACUGAAGCCUCGUUUGUCCACCCUGACGCUUGACUACCUGCUCUGCCUCAGCGCCAAACCGUUCAGCUGCCAGACUUACCAGAUACUUGUGGGGGACAUGAGUAGCAACAUGUUCCUGAUGUCGGAGAGUGGACCUUCCCUGGUGUUCUACUAUUUCAUCACACCGUUCCUGGAAAGACAAGUCAUCACAGACGCCUGCAUGAUGAACAGCAGCUCUGAGUGGAUCCGGCUGAACCUGGCUGGAUUCUCCGCCCAGGCCCCUCUGUGGGACCUGUACCUGCUCAACAGAGACUUUAACGCUCUGGACGCUUUAGACGCCCUCACUCCGAAACAGACAGCCGAGCUGAUCGUGGAGAAAUUCCCUCACCUUCCAGAGAAGAAGCAGGUCAUCGACAUCGUCUUCGACUACUUAUUGGCGGCACCAGCGCAGAGGAACCUGCCUGAAGUGCUCUUUAACCUCACCAACCUCGUCGGACAGGGGCGACUGGAGUGCUCAUCCAUCCAGCAGAUAGUGCAGAGGUUGUACUCUGCUGUGGUUCCGAUGGGGAUGAAGCAGAUCAUAAAGGACGUCAUCGACAAUCUGGGCUUGGCUGCACCUGCAGAUUGUUUGCUGCUGCCGCCUGCAACAUGUCUUUCAAUCCAAGUCAAUGAAUCUGUUAUCUGUGCGGGAGUUAACAGUACUGGACAUUUAGUUCAGAUGAACAUCAGCUGUGAGACCAGCGUGGAGGAGCUCGCCUGCUCACAGGUGACUGGUCUGACCGCUGACGGCCUGGCGAAGCUGCUCAACUGUUCAGUGUCCAGCAAUGUCACAUUGUCUAAAGAGAUAUGGAAACUGCUCUUGACUAAAGCCAAUGGAGUCCUGACCCAAGCCCUCAACAUCUUCUCCAGCAGCAUGGUUCUACCGAUCAGAAGUGUGUCUGCAUCCAACAUUCUGGAUGCGAUUGUGGAUAUUCAACUGGGGCAGUUGACUCCUGACGGUUAUUACAGUAUUAAUUUCAUUAAAUACUUGUUUGAUCAUGAACUGAGGCCAUUCCUGCCCUCUGCUUCCAGAGAUCUGUUCUUCUGCAUCAGCAGCAAGAACUUCAGCUGCCAGGCAUACCAGCUGAUUGUGAUGGAGUUCAGUGAUCCAAUACUCUUCCUAGACGAGGCAGAGAAGCAGAGAGUGCUGAAAGAUUUCAUCCUGCCUUUCCUCACCAAGAACAGCACAGAUCCAGCCUGUGUGUCCAGCACUAACGGCAGUGCUGAGUGGCUGCUGAGGAACUUUGGGCCAUUUGCUGAGUUUCUGAACAUCAGACAGCUGAUCUCACUCAACCCCCACUUUGAUCCGCUGCUGGCUUUGCAGUAUCUGACUCCACUUCAAACAGCAGAGCUGAUAGUGGAGGAUCUUCUUACUGUUCCAGAUAAGGAGUCCACCAUCAACAGCGUCUUUGAUUUCCUGCUUCAGCCACCAUGGCAACACAGACUUCCUGACGUUCUACAGAACAUCCUCAUAUGGUUAAAGGAGAACACGAUGCCCUGCAGUUCCUACACUGUGAUCUCCAGGAGGCUGUUCUGGGCUUUAGCGCUCGUUUCUCAGGAUUCAAAGCCCGAGAUUUUCCAUUUAGCGAUGCAGCUGGAGCAAUUCGCCCCUCUAAAUUGUCCGAUGACUCCACUUCCUACUUGCUUCGUCACAACCGUUAACGAGACUCAGAUCUGCAAGGGCGUCAGCAGACCUUCUAGUGAGGAGCUCCUGAAGGAACUGCGCAACGGCUCCUGUGCUUUCAGUUUAGAGCAGUACGCCUGCUCUCAGCUGGAUGGAUUCACCAGUGAAGACCUGGCUUCCCUUUUGCACUGCAGUCUGUAUAACAACGUUAUUUAUCCAAACGCCGUGUGGAAGCUGCUGUUUAUGAAAGAAAACAAUAUCCUGGACCAGGCUCUGCUCAUCUUCUCCAACAUGGUGGGGAACCAGUCUCUGCCCAUCAGAGGUGCUGCUGUAUCUAACGUUCUGGACGAGAUUGGUGAAGUUCGGCUGGAGCAGUUCACUCCUGACCAGUGGAAUAAGGCAAACUUCAUCAGCAAGUUCUUCAAGGAGAACCUGAGACCGUAUCUGUCGUCUGUCUCCAGAAACUUUCUCUCCUGUCUAGCUUCCAAAGACCUCAGCUGCCAAACCUUCCAGGACAUUCUGCAGGAGUUCAGUUCUGAGUUCACCUACAUGGAUCCUGUCAAUCAUGAGAGAGAGAACGUCCUCAACUUCUUCAUCCUGCCUUUCCUGCAUAGGAAUACUACAGAUCCAGGCUGUGUUUCCAGCACUAACGACAGUGUUGAGUGGCUGCUACAGAACUUUGGGCCAUUUGCUGAGUUCCUGUCCCUCAGAGAUCUGAUCUCACUCAACCCCCACUUUAAUCCAGUUCUGGCAUUGACCUAUCUCACACCACUACAGACUGCAGAGCUGAUCGUGCUGGACGUUCCUGGAAUUCCGAAUGAAUAUGCCAUAAACUCAGUGUUUAAUUUCCUGGUCGAGUCUCCAGGAGCCCACAGACUGUCUGAUGUUCUGAGUUCUCUCUCUUACCUCUCUCACAAGGUCACCAUACCAUGCACCUCCUAUACACUUAUCUUCAUUCGGCUGCUCAAGGCCCUGCAGUCUAUACCUUCAGAUGUACGUCCAGUGAUCUGGGGCAGCAUCAAUGAUCUGAUGCAGACGUCCCCAAAAGAGUGUUUGCCACCUGAUCUGAAGUGUCCAGUCACAGCGUAUAAUGAAACUCAAAUGUGCCAAGGCGUUGACAGCUCCGAGGUGCAGACUCUCAUCGCCAUUGGGGGCUCUGCUGAGUCGUGGUGCAGAAUUAGCCUUCAAAACUACUCAUGUGCUAAUCUGGCCAGAAUAUCUGCGCUCCAGCUCUCCAUUCUGCUGCAGUGCCAACUCGCCAGCAAUAAGGUUUAUUCUAAAAACGUCUGGAAGCUCUUCUUCUCUAAAGUCUCCAGUGUUCUGGAUAAUGCCCUCGUUCUGCUGUUUAGAAAGACUGUCUCUGUUAAUGGACCGAAUGUUCCAGUGGUUCUGGAGGUUCUUGCUGAGCUUCAACUGGGCCAGUUUACUCCAGAUCAGUGGGCCAGCGGGGAAGUUGUCUCUACCUGGCUGAAGGACCACCUCGCACCUUUCUUACCUUCAGUAUCUGGAAUCUUCCUCUACUGCCUCAGCAGCAACAAUCUCACCUGCCAGUCCUACCAGAGCAUCCUGGCCGUGUUCGACGGUGAGUUCUCUGCGAUGGAUAAAGCGGCAACAGAACUGGUGCUGAAGUAUUUUAUCGAACCGAUCCUGACCAGCAACUCCACAGGCGGCUGCAUUUCUUACAACAGCACUGAGUGGUUGUUGAGUAACUUUGGGCUGUUUUCUCAGCUCGUCUCUCUGAAACAGCUGAUGAACAUCAACAGGAACUUCAACCCGCUGCUGGUUCUGCCGUAUCUGACUCCACUCCAAACAGCAGAGCUGAUGGUGGAGGAUCUUACGGGACUUCCAGAUAAGCUCACCAUCAUCAACAGAGUGUUUGACUUCCUGCUUCAGCCAUCGUGGCAAUACAGACUUCCUGACGUUCUGCAGGAGCUGUCCGUCCUGGCUGGGAAGAUGCCUAAAUUGAGCUGUGCGAUUUACCAAAAAAUCUUUUCAAGGCUGGAGGACAUACUGGCAUCAUCACCUGGUGAGCUGGAACCGGUGAUCUGGGCGGGCGUGUAUGACCUCACGCCCAAAGCACCGGCAGGAUGCCCUCUGUUCCCAGUCAAUAAUCAGUGUCCAGCCUCUCCAUUCAAUGUGACGGCGGUGUGCCAGGGAAUUCAGAGCAUCAUCAUGCAGCAGUAUGUUGGCAAUGGAACCCUGACAGUGCCAUGUGACCUCCCCAUCUCACAAUAUGCUUGUGCAACGUCUCUGAACAUCAGUUCUGAUGAGUUGGUUUGCAUCUUGGAGAAGACCUUGAAGAAUGACAGUUCCUUCAACACAGUGGAGGCAUGGAAACUGUUCCUGACCAGAGUGUCGAACCAGUUGGACUCAGCCCUGCACAAGCUAUCCAGCCAAGCAACGUGGUACUCCACGGCACAAGCCUCUAAUUUCCUGGAUGCCGUUCUGGAGCUGCGAUUGGACAGAUUCACGGCAGAUGAGCUAGUGAACAACAGCUUCAUUAGUCUGUGGUUUGGUGGACUUCUCCGCACAGUGCUGCCCUCUGCCUCUGCUACAUUCCUCAGCUGCAUGAGCAGCAGGAACCUAUCCUGCCAGACCUUCCAGACCAUUGUCCAGGUUUUCAGCGAUAAUUUCUCCAGCUUGAAUCUGUCCCAGUCGUCGAUGGUGAUGAAUGACUUCAUAUGGAGUUUCCUCUCAAGAGAAAGAGCAGAGUCGGCGUGUGUGUCGAAAGACAGCGUCCAGUGGCUGAUUAACAACUUCGGAAACUUCUCAUCUACCUUAUCGAUCUCACAGAUCUUACAUCUGAAUCCACAGUUCAAUCCAUUGGAGGCUCUGUCGUAUCUCUCUUCACUUCAAAUUAUGCAUCUGUUGUUCUUUGAGCUUCCUGGACUGCCGGCGAAGGAAGUGAUCAUCAACGCAGUGUUUGAUUUCCUUACAGCACCAUCGCAGGAACCACGACUCACCAAAACCCUGGAUUACGUUUCCUCCUCCAUCAGUUCUGUUAAUCCCAACAUCUCCUGCUCAUCGUACCGAAUCAUUUUCCGCCGGUUGGAUUACCUCUUCCCCAACGUUCCGAUGGAUUUGGAGUAUAUGAUUGUUUACAGUAAAUCAAUCCUGCUGGAAAAAGUCCCUGCUGGUUGCGUUAUCUACAGUGGGGAGUGCAACACCACUCUCGUCAACGAGAGCGCAGUGUGUAGCGGCGUUAACAGUUCUGCGCUGAUGAACUACCUGCUGGAUCCACGUAACAGCAGUCAGCUGUGCAGCUUCACUAUUACACAAUACGCCUGUGCAGAGUUGGCAGGUUUGACCCCGGCGGACUUAGUCACGGUGUUGUCCUGUAAUCUCCAUGGUAACAACACUGUGUCAGAUGAGACCUGGAAGCUCUUCAUCACAAAUGUCAACCCCAUCCUCGGCCCCGCCCUCGACCGGUUUACAAACAUGACCCUGCCCUGGUCCCGCCCCCUGGUGGCUGUGCUGGAUAUGAUUGGUGAAGUGACGUUAAGCACGUUCAGCUCAUCCAAUUACAGGAACAGCUCGUUUAUUCAGCGCUGGCUCCAGACGAGGCUCCGCCCCUUUUUACCUUACGUCUCACCUCACUUCUUGUCCUGCCUGGCCAGCAAGGGCUUAAGCUGUGCCUCCUUCCAGAGCGCUGUCAAGAUUUUCAGUCAGCAGUUUGAUGCCAUGUCCAGCAACACUGACACAAUCAUCUGGGUCGACUUCAUCCAGGUCUUCCUCUCCCUCAACCAGACUGGAGGCUGUUCUGCUGGAAUGAGUAGCUCUGAUUGGCUGAGCAUGAAUUUCGGACCUUUCUCCGCCUUUGCGUCUCUCACCGACCUUCAGAGGCUCAACCCCAACUUCAAGCCGCUGGAUGUUCUGGACAGGUUAAAUCUGCGUCAGUUAGCUCAGGUGGCCAGCUCACCUGGUCUGCUCAGCACUCCUGCUCAGGUGAACCAGCUGAUGAGCUAUGUCAAAGAUUCUGAGCUUUACCUGUUUUUCUCCACUCUGUCUGCGGCACUGAAUUCUCAGGGUGGGCAGCUUACUGGCCAGGUCCAGCAAGCUUUCCUGCAGCAGGUAUUGAACAGGGCGAACCUGACAGACCCCACGGUGCCGGACGCUCAGGUGCAGGUUUGGAUCAGUGCCAACCUGCCCCCAUUCAUAUCAGCCAUCACACCUGCUCAGGUUCCUCAGUACUUCAGCAUCGUGCUGAACAGAACCUGCCAGAUCAGCCAGCAGGCGGUGGCGCUGCUGAAUUCCGCCUACUCCAGUUUCAGUAAUGAGACACAGAAGACCAUCUACAGUCAGAUCAUCACCACACUCCAAGUCCCUGCGCCGCUGCGCUGCUAUCGUACUGGCAGUUUCUACUCAUUCCUGCUGUCGUCCUUCAUGAGUUUCCAGUACCUUACGCUCCCUGACUUCCUGUCCCUCAUGCCUCCUGACCGCCUCCCAGAGCUGCUGAACUCCAUUUCUACGGCUGAGCUCUACAGCUUCCUCAGUCAAACCAGCACCAUCAACAUCCAGGCACAGCUCUGCACGAUCUUCACCAACUACCAGAGAACAGCAGAGUACCUGCAGAACCAGCCAGUUGUAUCUGCAGCUGUAGGCAGACAGACGUUGGGGUGCGUUUGGUCUCGUGCUCUCAGCGCGUCGUCUCAGGAUGAGGUGGAUCAGUGGUUUAAUGUCAGGCUGGCUCAGUACCUACCCCUCCUCAGCUCUCAGCUCAUCAGCCCCACCCAGCUUAGCGGCGCCUCCUGCCUUGCCUUCCGCAAGUUUGUUUCAGUGAUGGGGAGCUAUAACUACAGCAGUGUAGAUUUCACCAUGCAGGACGUCUACAACACCAUCCAGGCUUACCUGAGUACAGGCUCCACCCCCAAGUGCUACAACUCCUCAGACCCGGUGCUGAGCUCCACCUCCUGGUUCGUGGACUACAUUGGGGUCUUCAUCACCUUCAUAAGCUUGAAUGACAUGGCGACAUUUGGAGGUGCAGCGCUGGAUAUCUUUACAGUGGAUCCCAUGAACCUGCAGCUCUUCAGCCAGUUCUCCGUCCCUUCCAACGUCACCGAGUUGUAUGUGCAGCUGCUGUACGGGCUCAACCCCGCCUUCAGCGCCACACUGCUGCCCCCACGCUUCCGCUGCUCUGCACCUGUUACUGCGUUUACUGCCCUCAACAGCACUCAAGCACUGAGCAUAGUAGAAUCACUAAACCACUUCUGCAGUGCCAUAGACCCUACUGUAUCUUCUGCUCUGGCGCAGAACAUGGGUUCUGUAACAAACCAGUCUAUCAUCGCUCUGGGGAACUCCAGCGUUGGCCUGAGCACUGGUCAGAUCUCCAACACCCCACCAUCUGUCCUCUUCUCCUCCCUCAUUGUCCUCAGGAAUGUGGUGGGCUGGAGUCAAGGUCAGGCCAUGGCCAUUAUCCGAAGCCUGCUCUCCUCGGGACUCUACAAGAUCUCCUCCUCUACCUCAUUGCUGAAUCUGGGGACGUUAGUGACCGGCCUCCCCUCCACCAUCUUCAACACCAUCGAUACAAGUACGCUCGUCAAAGUCAUCGAGUCACAGAGCUUCGUGACCAACAUCAUCUCAGCGCCCACUGUGGUCCAGCAGACCAUCGUCAACCAGAUCAUCACUGUGAACACUUCUUCUGACGCUGUUGUGAACACCAUUCCAAACUCAAUGGGAACUCUGAUUCCCAGGAAUUCCCUGCUGACUCUGUCCCAGUCUUCGGCUACUGUUCUCAAUCUGAAACAGUGGAACUACGAGCAGGCAAUGCUGUUCUUCGACACGGUGGCCAGAGGAGUCGACAAUGAGAGCACUAUCUCCUUCCAGGUCCUGCAGGGCUUCACCUGCACGCGUGUCCAGUCGUUCGAGGUUGCGAAGGUGCAGAGGCUGAUUAAAGGCUGCCGACGCCGUGGCAAACAGAAGGUGGUCCUGCGGGAGUCACAGCUGAUCUGCAUGUUCAACUACAUAAAGACUGAAACCGUGACCGUCUUCACCGAUUACCCAGCAGACCUGCUCCUCUACUACAAUUACUCUAUGGUUGAUCCUUCUUUGUGUCAGGCAUAUUUCUCCGCUCUGGGAUACGCAGAUUUCAGUGUCUUCUCCAGCACACUGGCCUUCAAGAAACAAAUCCUGUUCAACAAUGCUAAGGACUGUCUAAGAAUCUCGGGGACGAAUAUCAACCAAACUCAGCUGAUAAUAUUAGGGAACAUGACAUGCUUGUUGAACAGCACCUACAUCCAGAACUCGGAUGUGUACGUGGUGGAGAUGCUGAAACUAUGUUUGGAUUUGACUUCUGAUCAGAGCACCGCUGUACAGAACGUUCUUCUGACCAAGAACACCUCAUUCGGAGCUCCAGUCAACUGGACCCUAAACACUCUGACCAGUCUGGGGUUUCUGCCUCUUUACCUCAGCUCCAACUUCUGGGCCUAUUUCACUGUGAAUGAUAAGGCUCAGUUCCUGAGGACAUUUGUACCGAGUCUGAAGGCUCGUUUGGUGUCCAACUCCAAGAUCGCCUCUAUGAAGAGUGAAGCGAAUAAAGUGUCGAAGGCUAAAACCAGGAUGAUCGUCAGAGCCAAGCGGGACACGGCAUGCACAGCAGGGGAUAUAACUCAAGUUCAAGCAAACGAUGAUUCCUUCCCGUUCGGCUAUGAUGUGACGCAGUUUAACGCAUGUUUAAGCGUUCAGUCGCUGAAGGACAAUCUGGCCGCCAUUUCAGCGAAAGCCAUGGGGAGCGACUACCAACAGAUCAUCCUUGACAAGCUCAACCAGGCUUACCCAACGAGCAUCAGUGAUGAGGUUCUGCAGGUUCUUGGCACCGCCUCCCGUGCCGGCACGGUUACCGACAUCAGCAAGUGGAACAUCACCACGAUCGACACCCUGUCAGCCCUGAUGACGUCCAGCGAUGGAGACUGGAGCUCAGACCAGGUCAGCGCCAUCGUCAGUAAGUAUCUGAGCGUCAGUGGAAAGUCUCUGGGCAGCUUGGAGCUGAACGCUAUUGGAGGAACAAACCUGUGUGCACUGGACCUCAGCAUCAUCAACACGAUCAGCUACAGCAGCCUGCAGACUGCGAAUGCUCUGUCGCUGACUACCUGCAGUCGGGAGAAGAUGCAGGCUGUAUUCAGCAUCGCCCAGAAGGCCUUCAGCGACACAGCGCUGACCAAAAGCACCAGAGCGACCAGCACCGUGUCCGCCAACACGUACCAGCUCAUCAUGAGCUACCUGGGUGGUGCUGAUCUUUCAUAUGUGCGGACGCUCUCGGCCUCCAACCUCAGCAUGGACCUGACCACCUUCACCUCCUUGAACCCCACCGUGGUCAACGCGCUGACUGUGACUGAGGUGAAGAAUUUGUUGGGUACUAAUUUGCCAUCUCUGAAGACGUAUGAGAAUAACACGGUGGUCCGAAGCUGGAUCGGCCUGCAGCUGCAGUCUGCUCUGGACACCCUCCAGAUCGGCCUUACUGGAGGACGUGCUACCGACUCCACGACAUCCACCGCAGCAGCGUCAUCGUCAUCAUCAUCUUCCUCAUCCAAUGCUACAGUUACAGCUGCUGCUACAGCGUCUACAGCCAAACCUUCAGCUUCAGGCUUGAGUGUCCACCCCCUCACCAGGCUGCAGCAGCUCCUCCUAUUGGCUGUUGUCAUGGGAACAAUGAAGCUAAUGAACUGAUAACGUUGCCACAAUACAACAUGAACAUGAAGACGAUAUCUUUACAGGAUUUAUAAAUUAUUAUUUCCCUAUCAUAUCAGUAAUAUUCAACGAUCUUUCAUUUUAUUCAUAACCUCCAUAGCUCUGAUUACUCAACUGAAGAUUCAUGUUCUAAUCUGAAGCUUUAAACUCUAAACUGAAGCUUUAUGUUCUAAAACUGAAGCUUUAUGUUCUAAACUGAAACUUUAUGUUCUAAACUGAAACUUUAUGUUCUAAACUGAAGCUUUACGCUCUAAACUGAAGCUUUACGCUCUAAACUGAAGCUUUAUGUUCUAAACUAAAGCUUUAUACUCAAAACUGAAGCUUUAUGUUCUAAAACUGAAGCUUUAUGUUCUAAACUGAAGCUUUAAACUCUAAACUGAAGCUUUAAACUCUAAACUGAAGCUUUAUGUUCUAAAACUGAAGCUUUAUGUUCUAAAACUGAAGCUUUACGCUCUAAACUGAAGCUUUACGUUCUAAACUGAAGCUUUAUGUUCUAAACUGAAACUUUAUGUUCUAAACUGAAGCUUUACGCUCUAAACUGAAGCUUUACGUUCUAAACUGAAGCUUUACGCUCUAAACUGAAGCUUUAUGUUCUAAACUAAAGCUUUAUACUCAAAACUGAAGCUUUAUGUUCUAAAACUGAAGCUUUAUGUUCUAAAACUGAAGCUUUAUGUUCUAAAACUGAAGCUUUAUGCUCUAAACUGAAGCUUUAUGUUCUAAAACUGAAGCUUUACGCUCUAAACUGAAGCUUUAUGCUCUAAACUAAAGCUUUACAUUCUAAACUAAAGCUUUAAACUCUAAACUGAAGCUUAACGCUCUAAACUGAAGCUUUAAACUCUAAACUGAAGCUUUACGCUCUAAACUGAAGCUUUAAACUCUAAACUGAAGCUUUACAUUCUAAACUGAAGCUAUACGUUCUAAACUGAGGCUUUAUGCACCAUACUAACCUUUAUGUUAAAAGCUGUGUAUUUACUAAGCUGAAGCUUUACGUUAGUAGCUGAAACUUUGUUCUUAGCUGUUUUACACUCUAAGCUUUUCUAAGUGAUUUUGUUCUACACCAGUUGAUGAAGCUCAGAUAAAUAAAAAUUCUCCAGUAGAACUUUUUCAGGGUUUGUGCUGUGGGCACGCCCUCUCAAAUAAAUGGGCUUUCUGCUGAUGUGCUUAGAAAUACUAGUUAUUUUGUUAGAGGGCAUCGAAAAAAUUUGGACUGGAGAACUUGAGCAAUAAAUUACGGCAGUAAACGUGUGUUUGUGAGCUCCAGCUGGUGUGGGUUCACUGCUGUUUCUUCCCUUCAAACGACGCACACUAAAUUGAACUGCAUGUGAAUAGUGCCCCCUACUGGAGAAACUCCAGACUGCCGCACAUUGCUUUUACUACAGCUACGUUGUUACGACUGCUGCCGUCUAGGAAACCAUCGACAGAGAGAGCUGAGAAUUUAUGGUGACCUAACAGUUUAUUAUUAAUCCACGGUUUUAACACGUUUAAUAUUAUUUAGUUCAAAUUCACAUUCGUCUUCUUUAGUUUAUAUCAGUUCUCUUUAUCAAUGACAGUGAUUAUUGCCUUUCAGGCACCAUCAGUCAUCGCCAAUAUCUUGUCCCCGAUGUCGCCAGUAUCGCCCAGACCUGACUUUUUAUUCAUCUGAGCCAAAACAAGCUGUGUAGAUUUUAUGUGGAGGUCUUAAAAAUCACCACAUUUAACAGAGAAAAUUGAAAAAAAUCUAAUCAAAUCUUUACACCGGUAAAUUGUAUUGAACCUGAUAAAUGUGUAUUGGUAGAGCCCUGUAGAAGCUCAUGGAGUCCUCAGUCUCUGCAGAGCCCAAGAUUUCUCUCUCAUUUCUUUCCUGAACUAAUUACGCCUCUAACAUCAGCCAGGCAGCUCCUUCUCUUCUGCUUCAACUGUCCAGCUGAAUUUAGGUGAUGUACCAACUACAUAGACGUCUGUUAGUCCACGCUGUUAUUAUCAGCACAAAAAUAUUAUAAUCACCAAUAAAGCUUUGGUGUCUCCACUACA